ACCAGGCCGUUCCUGUGAGGGCGACCUGUGAGCUGUGAUAUGGGUCCAGUUUAGAACCAACUCGUCUCUACCGUGUUCUACUUUAAUAUCUGGCCUUUCCUGAGUGCAUCAGGUGGUCUAAAGUGGUGAAUCUAGAGUGGGGUACAUGACUGUCAUCCCAUUAUGAAAUCCCCGGCGAGCGUUAAGUGACCCGGGCGGGCGGACAACGCUCCCAGUACCGAGGAGAGCCUAGGGCGCUCCCGAUGGAAUGGUUACCUGACUAGCCUAGCUGUCUGGGGCUAUAUGGGCCCACCUAUUGUGGUUUCGUCGAUCAGGCUAUGACUAGAAGAAUCCCUGUUCUUCAACUUUUCCACAGACGUCGCAAACCUAAGGCAUGUGGUGGAAAGUGUUACUGUACGUUUGGCUGGUGUCGGUAGCCGUGUGUGGGACAAAUGCGCAAGGAAUGGGUCAAGGAAUAGGCUGCCCCUGCAACCUGGAUGUUAUGUUCCUGGUUGACGGGUCCUCCAGCGUCGGCAGUGAGGGAUUCGCACUAGCCAAAGAGUAUAUCGCGGAAUUCAUCGUGGAUUUCAAAUGUCCUAGGAUCGGAUUUGUCCAGUGUAAGUGUGAAGCCAACACCAGCAUCCCCCUCUGCUACUAUGAUGACUUGUCCACUCUCCUGCCUGCAGUUUCCGAGAUCGAGUUUUGUCCCUCACAGACACGCGUCGGCUACUGCAUCAAACACAUGCAGUGUACGACGAAAUGGAAAGAGGGCGUGCCCAGUAUAGUGGUAAUCCUGACGGACGGACGGACCUUGGAUGGGCAUUACUCAGAAGACGCGGUGAGCUACGCGGAAGCCGCCAGGGACGCUGGUCUAGAGACGUACGCAGGCGCCAUCGGGAGGGAAGUCCUGGUGGACGAGAGCGCGCUGGAGACGAUCAGCGGCAGCGAGGACAGGACCUUUAGCACCUUCGACGAGGACCCGAGUGUGCUGGUGGCCAUCCUCACCAUCCGACACUGCGGUUACUGCUAUGCACUGGUGAAGUAUCUCCCGGAGAAACGUCCUUAUCCAUGGGAGGUGGAUACUCCCGGGAGAGGCGGAGGACGAUGGGGCUUCUGGCGGAGGCACUUGGGGGAGGCCUGCGAGAUCGUGAUGUCCCCCGACUGCUGGCACUAUCUUCUGUGGUGCCAAACUGGCUUGGAGAAUGCCAUCGAGGACUUGUGGACUAGAGUCAGCGAUUAUGCCGAGAACAUUGAGUUCAGGGUCACCGAGCGUACCGUUGUCGCUGGCAAGACGCUUGAAGAUAUACUUGAACACAUGGAGGAUCAAGAAGAGAAGGGCGCCAUUGGUGAGAUCAUCGCUGAGUUCGGCAGCUGUAUCCAGGAAGUCAUCUCCGCCUUCAAUCAAGUCAUGGGCAAACUCCGCACUAAGAUUAAUGAAUACAUACAGUCUUUCUUCCUCACUAUAUUCUGUGACCUUGUUGACUAUUGGGACAACAUUGUAUGGAGGAUCCGGGAAUAUUUCCGUAGGUUCUUUACAGAUAUUUUUAAUGACUUCUGCGAGCUCCUAGAUGCUCUGAUAGAAAAGCUUUCUGACCUGAUAACUAAGUGGACAUGGCUCUUCUCUGAUAAGGUCAACCGAUUCCUGCAAUAUGUCCUGCGUUUGGCUAGGUGCUACCUCCGAUUCAAAGAUCUUGUGGACAUGUUUGCAAAUCGCGUCGCUCGUCUCCUCUGCCGCUUCCUGUGGUGGGUAAUAAGGCGUUAUUACGGGAUCUCUUUCAUCUACCCACAGCCGUACGAGAUCCCUUUUGUUGUUGAGGACCUGCCCAUAGCACCAGCAUACCCUUAG